AUGAUUUCCACCACAACUGAAAAUGUUACCCAAUUUUACAACAUCAUGGACACACAGGAGCUCACAGUCAGCCCAACAAUUUUCCACAAUAAUUCAGGAGUGCAUCAGCUGAAUCAAUAUGAAUGUAUUAAUUCAGAUAUAUGGAACUGGCUACAGGAUUUUCAGCCUGGAUUCCUCUGGUUUAUAUUUAUUCUGGGAGCAAUAGAAAAUUCCUUUGUCCUUAUAGUCCUGUGUUUCCACAAGAGUCGCUGCACAGUGGCCGAGAUCUACCUAGCAAACAUGGCACUUGCUGACCUAAUGUUAGUGUGUGCUUUACCUUUCUGGGCCAUUAACAUUUCUAAUAAGUUUAACUGGCCCUUUGGCCUGUUCCUCUGUAAAGCUGUCAACAUAAUGAGUUACAUGAACUUCUAUUCUAGCAUUUACUUCCUGACGCUAGUGAGCAUUGACCGCUACCUGGCCUUGGUGAAAACCAUGUCUCUUGGACGGAUGCGGCGAACUGUCUGUGCCAAAUGGAAUAGCUUUGUAGUCUGGACGUGUGCAUUGCUCAUAUGUUCGCCUACAAUGGUGUUUCGAAAUCUACAGUAUUACAAAGAAUACAACAUCACAGCCUGUGGCCUGGUUUACCCAGCCAGGUACUGGGAGCCUGUGAACAACUGCUUGCUGAAUAUUGUGGGCUUCGUGAUCCCACUCUGUGUAAUUACUUAUUGCACUACACAAAUCAUCAAAGCCUUACGAAGCAAUGAGCUACGAAAACUGAAGUUAGUCCAGACAGAGAGGAGAGCCACCAUGCUGGUCCUUGCCGUGCUCUUGCUGUUCAUCAUUUGCUGGCUUCCAUUCCAGAUCAGCACGUUCAUUGACACAAUCCGUUACCUAGCACCCACUUUCAAAUGCUUGGAAGAAGUCAAUGACAUAAUCACCCAGGUAGGUACGUACUGUGCCUUUAGCAACAGCUGUUUGAACCCAGUCCUGUAUGUAAUUGUCGGGAAGCACUUCCAGAAGAAGGCCAUGGAAUUCUGCAAGGACUUACUCCCAAAGGGAUGCAGAAAAUCACAGUCUGUGCAGAUGGAAAACUCCAUGGACACUUUAAGAACUUCCAUUUCGAGUGAAUACCCAAGGAAAAAGUCUGUUUUUCCAUUACCACGAUAG